AUGAGAAGACAUAUGGUCUGGUACCUGUUGGUCCUGUUGGCGGCCGCCACAACGGGCUACCCCUCUCGACGAUCCGCCGUGGACUUGGACGCGACCCCAAGGACGACGAUCGCCUAUAAGGAGUUGUCCGACAUCCGGCGCUUCAGCAGCCACACCCUGAACUACACCACCCUGCUGCUGGAGGACGAGAAGGGGAUCCUCUAUGUGGGAGCGCGAGGGGCCAUAUUCGCCUUAAACUCCAGCAACAUUGCCGACGGCUCCCAGAGGGAGAUCCGGUGGGAGGCGUCUCUGGAGAAGCAGACCGACUGCCUCCAAAAGGGCAAGAACAACAAGACCGAGUGCUUCAACCACGUCCGGCUCGUGCAGAGGCUGAACGACACCCACCUGUACGCCUGCGGCACCUACGCCUUCCACCCGCUGUGCGCGGCCAUCGAUGCCGACAGGUUCGCGCUGCCGCCCCACUUGGAGGAGGGCAAGGAGAAGUGCCCGUACGACCCCACCCGCGGCUACACCGGCCUCAUCGUAGACGGCGGGUUGUACACGGCCACACGGUACGAGUUCCGCAGCCUGCCGGACAUCAGGCGUAACUUGCACCAGCGGCCCCUGAAGACGGAAGAGUCCCCUGUGCACUGGCUAAACGAUGCGGAGUUCGUGGCCUCUGUGCUGGUCCAGGAAAGCGUGCGCAGCCCCGUGGGGGACGACGACAAGCUCUACUACUUCUUCAUGGAGCGGGCGGCCGAGGAGAGCGCCUCCUUUGACAAGAGCCAUGUGGCCAGGGUGGCCAGGGUGGCGCGGGUGUGCAAGAGCGACCUGGGUGGGAAGAAGAUCCUGCAGCGGAAAUGGACGUCGUUCAUGAAGGCCCGGCUGGUCUGCUACAUCCCCUACUACGAAGUGCUCAAGGCCGUGCACAGCGUGGACGGGGGCAGCUGGCCCAGCACCGUCUUCUACGCCACGUUCACCUUGUCGGCUCAGUGGAGGAGCAUGGAGGCAUCCGCCGUCUGCCAGUACAACAUCUCUGAGCUGCAGAGGGCUUUCGAGGGCCCCUACAUGCAAUACCAGGACAACACCCGCAAAUGGACCCUCUACGACGGGGAGGUGCCGGCCCCGCGGCCGGGCUCUUGCAUUACCAACCGCUCCCGCGAGGACGGCUACCGCUCCUCCCAGGACCUGCCCAACGGCGUGCUGGAUUUCGUCAAGCUGCACCCGCUGAUGUUCGAGGAGGUGAAGCCGGCACUGGGGGAGCCCCUGCUGGUGAAGAAGAACGUGCUCUACACGGCCCUGGCGGUGGACAGGGCGCCGGCCCUGGAUGGCCAGCAGUACGACGUGCUCUUCAUGGGGACGGGUGACGGCUGGCUGCACAAGGGGGUGGUGAUUGGCUCUGCCGUACACAUCGUGGAGGAGCUGCAGGUCUUCGGGGCCCCCCAGCCCGUGGAAAGCCUGGUGAUCUCCAAAGGCCAGAGAAGCGUGUACGUGGGGGCUGCCAGCGGAGUCCUGCAGCUCCCCCUCUCCAGCUGCGCCAGGUACGGCUCCUGCUACGACUGCAUCCUGGCCCGGGACCCCUACUGCGCCUGGGACGGCGAGGGCUGCAGGGAGGUGGCUGGCGCUGUGGACAGGACCCAGCUGACCCAGGACGUGCAGCACGGCAGGGAGGGCUGCUGGAACGGCUCCGCCCAGGCGCCCCCCGUGCAGAAGAACCGGACGGUGGUGCGGGGCGACGACGUGCUGCUGCCGUGCGAGCAGCGCUCCAACCUGGCGCGGGCCGCCUGGCUGGUGAACGGCACGGCCGGGCUGGCGGCCGGGCGGGGCCACUUCCGGGUGGGGGUGGACGGGCUGCUGGUGACCGACACCCUGCCGGAGCACAGCGGCGACUACGGCUGCUACGGGGAGGAGAACGGCCUGCGCUCCCCGCUGGCCGCCUACGCCCUGACGGUGCUGCCGGAGCCGCCCAAGGAGCAGCCGGCGCCCAGAGCCCCGCCGCCCCCCCACACCGGCCGCCUGGCCUCCCCCGACAUGAAGUUCGUCUACAUCGCGGUGAUCGCGGUGCUGGGCGGGCUCUGCCUGGCGCUGAGCGCCGCGCUGCUCCACGUCUCCUGCCUGCAGCGCCGCAAGGGCAGGUACGUGCUGGGCGCCCCCUCCGUGGAGCUGCAGACGGUCUCGGCCAACUGCCUGGGCAGGGGCCGGGAGGAGGAGGAGCUGAGCCGGGAGGACGGAUGCCUGCAGAUCAUCCCGGGUGAGGCCCCCACGGCGGCGUCCCCGGCCAGGGAGACGCCCCUGGCGCCCCCGCCGCCGCCCCCGCCGCUCCCGGCCGAGUUCACCAACGGCAUCGCCGCCCUGCCCAACAUGGUGCGCAAGAUGAACGGCAACAGCUACAUGCUGCUGCAGCAGCAGGAGGAGCCCAGCCCCUCGCCCCUCUACAGCACCUCCUUCGCCGAGGAGCUGAGCAAGCUCCUGGAGAAGCGCAAACACACGCAGCUGGUGGACAAGCUGGACGAGAGCUCCGUGUAG